AUGACAACAGAUACGAUAGAGAGCAACAACACCAAAUCCAGUGCUCCCCUCCUGACCCAAAGAUACCUGAGGAUGGUGACCAAGGAUGGACACAGCACAUUCCAGAUGGAUGGUGCCCAAGGAAAAGGUCUGGCAUACCUCCGAGAUGCAUGGGGAAUAUUAAUGGACAUGCGCUGGAGAUGGAUGAUGCUUGUCUUUUCUGCUUCUUUUGUCAUUCACUGGCUAGUCUUUGCAGUGCUUUGGUAUUUACUGGCUGAGAUGAAUGGGGACUUGGAGCUGGACCAUGAUGCUCCACCUGACAACCACACUAUAUGUGUUAAGUACAUCACCAGUUUUACAGCUGCUUUCUCCUUCUCACUGGAGACGCAACUCACAAUUGGUUACGGCACUAUGUUCCCAAGCGGGGACUGUCCCAGUGCUAUCGCACUGCUUGCAAUACAGAUGGUCCUGGGGCUCAUGCUGGAAGCCUUCAUCACAGGUGCUUUUGUGGCAAAGAUCGCCCGACCAAAGAAUCGGGCAUUCUCCAUCCGCUUCACCCGCUCUGCCGUAGUGACACACACCGAGGGGAAGCCGUACCUUAUGUUCCAGGUGGCCAACACACGCCCCAGCCCACUGACCAGCGUCCAGAUCUCUGCUAUACUUUACCAAGAACAAGAAAACGGGCAGCUGCACCAAACUAGUGUUGACUUCCACCUAGACAGCAUUGCUUCAGAUGAGUGUCCUUUUUUCAUCUUUCCACUGACCUACUACCACUCAAUCACUCCAUCCAGCCCCCUGGCUGCUCUCCUCCAAAGAGAGACUGCUCACCAUUUUGAGCUGGUCGUCUUUCUGUCAGCUGUGCAGGAGGGCACAGGAGAAACGUGUCAAAGGAGAACAUCCUACCUCCCCUCAGAGAUCAUGCUGUACCAUCGCUUUGCCUCCAUGCUAGCCCGCAACACCAAAGGUGAAUAUCAGAUCAAGAUGGAGAAUUUUGACAAGACUAUUCCUGAGCUCCCAGCUGCAGCUGACUCAAAGAGUCCAAAAAGGACUGACAAGGAGAUCCGCAUCAACGGACAGCACACCGACAGCUUCCAGCUCUCCGUAACUGGCCUCACAGAAUAG